AUGAAGCAAUCCUUCUAAAUCAAAUCUGAAAUGCAGAUAAUAAGUAUUAUUAACGAAGUCAGCCUUGCUUUAAGAUUUUAUCCUUGGGUUCUAGUUCAGUUGGCAAGACCUCACUCAUAAAUCAAUUUUAAGUAAUGAAUUC